AUGUCUGACUCCUCAGUUGACCGUUCGGUUAAGGACCAGGAGAUGAUCUACUGCACCUACCUCGUGGAUGGCAAACCAGUGAACCGGUUUAUCCAGAUUGUUACCCUGGAUCACGCCCAUAGCCAGGGCAUUUUGGAUGCCAUUCUGAAAGGGCUGAAAGUGGUUGGGGUUCAAGAGGAGGACCUGAAGCUGCGUCUUGUGGGGUUUGGAUGUGAUGGCGCUUCCAUAAUGCUGGGAGUGAACAACGGAGUCGCAGCCCGACUAAAGCACCUGUGCCCCUCCCUAGUGGCGAUAUGGUGCGUCGCUCAUCGGCUGGAGCUGACUGCGCUCGACUGUUUGAAACAGCUUGCCAAGCUGAAGGAACUAAACGAGCUGCUACGUAUCAUCCACAAACAUUACACAGUCUCUUCUAAGGCGUCACGGGAGCUGGAAGAGAUCAGCAGGGCGGUGGAGGUCUCCAUUCUCAGGCCAGGGAACACCGAAGGUACCCGCUGGCUACCACACACAUCGCAUGCCCUGGAGGUCCUCAUGAGGAACUACAAGCCUCUGCUUGUACACUUUGAGAACCACGCCAGUGAUCCCCAUGACAGGGAAGUGAGUGCAGCCAUGAAGGGGAGGGCAAAGCUUAUGCUGAAGUCUCUGAAGAAGUAUAGCACACUCCUCUUCAUCCACCUCAUGCUGGAUAUACUUCACGAACUGAAGCAGCUCAGCCUCUUGUUUCAGAAAGACGGCCUCACACUCCAGAUGGUCUCGGAUGGGCUGCAGACUACAUGCAUGUUUUUUGUAGCUAUGCAGACAAACCCAGGCCCAAGGCUGCAGCGGUUCCUGACCGAAGUUGGGACUGGAUCCAACUGGCAAGGGGUUGAGAUCAACAGGACCAGCACCGAUGAUGACAUCUUUAACAAAAUCAAGCUUCGCCUCACCAACGGCUUCUGUGAGUUUGUGUCAGAGCGUUACGAGAGUCUCGAGACUGGCAUUCUGAAAGCGGUUUCGACACUAUUCGACUUAUCCAGCUGGCCAGAAGACACCACCGCCCUGGCUACAUUUGGCACAGAUGAAUUAAAUGUCAUCAUGGAGCAUUUCCGCCCAGUCCUGGAGCCAUGCAAGGACUUUGUAUCUGAGGAUGCAGCAAGGCGAGAGUGGCUUGACCUCAAGAUCCUGGUUGUCCGUCGCUACAGGCAUCUCGAUUCCCAGGUGCUGUGGCAGAGGCUGAUCCAGGGUGCCAUUGGAAGAGCCGGUCAGUUCCAGCACAUGCAGGUGGUAGCAGAGAUCAGCCUGGUCCUCCCCAUGAGCAGCUCCUGCUGCGAGCGUGGUUUCUCGUGCAUGAAACGGGUGAAGUCGGACUGGAGGUCUCGCCUGGCAAAUGACACUCUGACCAGCCUCAUGCUAAUCUCAAUGCAUGGCCCUCCUCUGGACGAGUACAACUCAAUAAAGACAGUCACUAAAUGGUGGAGUACUGGCAGAAGGUCACGUUGACCACAGUUCUGCGACUGAGGGUGCUUGUCAUCUACAAAUAAAUUACUAUUUCCUCAACAUAAUGUUUUGUGUUUUCAUUAUAUUAUCAGUGAGUAACAACUGAAACUGUAAAAAAGAUUUAUGGGAAAAUUCGGGACGAUUCGGGACGGUUCAAAAUGUUUUUCGGGACGGUUCCGGGACGGUGGUGAAACAAAGUUAAU